CACAUAAGCACCCACAUGAUCUUAACCCCCCCUCCUCAUCGGCAGUGACUAGUUGAACCGCGGUAUUCCUCCCCCCCUUAGACCAUGAAAGUUGGGUCGGACGAGCGGUCCCACACCAUUCAUCAUUCCAGAACGAACGCCUAUACCAAGCUGAGAACUGACAGUGAACAAGGUUACCAAGACCGUCUAAUAUGUCCUCGGCUCAAUUCUCAACUACUAGUGACCAAUCUGCACAGCUACGGAAAAUCAACACCAAUGACAUUUUCCCCACUGCGUUUUAGCUCAUAAUCGUUAUCCUGUUUAAGUAGGGAUCGACAUUGCCUGGCCAUGCGAUCGACGGAACCUCGCAAGGAGUUCUCCAUUGGGCGUCUGCUCCAAAUCUCCGAAACCUACGAUGACAAGUAGUAACUGAUCUCUUGAGUCUUGACAUACUCCACCAUAUGGCAUCUCUAGAAAUUAAAAACAACUGUCCAUACAUUUCAAAUGAUGAUUCACUAAGCCAGGUCCAGUCAUCAACCUAAUAUAAGUUCGCUUCUGUUCUCUCCAGUUUGACUAUACUAGUGUCCGAUGAUCUAGUAAAUUCAUUUUGCUCCCAACAGUAACUAUAUAUGAUCAGUCAGUGGAAGCACGGAGUACAAUGCAUUAUACACAAUCCUGAGUUUACCUGAUAUUGAGCCGUCAUCAUUCUUAUCAGGGUAUAUUCUGAAGUUGAGCUCUCGUGGCUUUAUAUAUUCAAAAAAUCAAGAUAUUGGCAAGAAAGACUGAAAUAAUAUCCUCUCCCGACCUUGUUAAAUCAAGCUAUUAAGACAACAUUGGUUUGGCUAGUCACUCGAGAUACUCAUCGGGCACAGUCUCAAGUCGGACAAGCAGUCGCGAAGGUCGGAAGUUAUCUAUUUAAGGACUGGAGUGACAACCUCAUCAAUCAAGUGACAGGGAUCUGACUCCAGCCUUGAUAGGGACCCACGGGCCAUUGCGAACAACCCUAGAAAAGUUCCCCAUCCUAAAUAUGUCAGACUAUCUCACUUGGGAAACGGAUCCUGGAGGUCUUUGCUAAGUUGAGACUCUACAGACUGGUAUUGGUUAUAUAAAACCCACAAACGGAUGGGCUAAGCUUGAUCAUUUACUUGGAGUCGAGUCAGAAGAUUCUCCCACCGGUUUCGAGUUCCAUGUCCGGUCAAAGCCAACAGCUGUUGCUACCUAGUAAAUGAUACCGCUGUUGAAAAACGGAAAAGGUGACAACCAAACACCUACCCCC